CAGCGGCGCUGUUGCCGUUGUUGUAACGAGUGUGAAAAUGCAGCUGUAGCCUAUAUUUGAGAGAGCGACUUGAGUUUUAUGUUUGAACUUUGUUCGGGUUGUUGUUUGGAAAAGGAUCAUCAAAGAUUUUUCUUUUCUUUUCUUUCUUUCUUUUUUUUUUUUGAGGACAUGCGGCUCUGCAGGACCUGCGCGCUCCUGGCGCUCCUGUUUCUGGCAGUCAGUGCGGAUUCAUCAGAAUUCCUGCAGGCGAUCGUCCGACCAGACGUAGGCUCGAAUGUGACCGUGUCCACCAAUCUGACAGAAUGUUCUGUGUGUAUAGUCAGCAUGGUGAACAGCACAGAGUCUUCCUGCCACUCUUCUCUCUCUCUGGUACCUGAAGUUGAGGCCAAGCUGAAGUUUUCCUGCCCCCAGCCUAUUGGGCAGUCUUACACUGUGACGAUCGCUCGCUCCGUCGAAUGCACUCAGGAUGCCUGCAGUCCCCCAAAAGUGGAAACUCAACCAUCCCUACUCACUGACUUUACCAGAACCUUCACUUGGGAGCUGAAGGCACCUGAGAAGACAGUUUUGAGCCUGAGCGUUAUCGGGGGAGGACUGACAGAGACAUCACAACCGUGCCCAGAUGGAUAUCAGUUCUCUGUGUCCACAUCCAAAGCCAACAGCAAGGGGCAGACUCGGUACUGUGGAGGCGGCUCUGUGACUCGUCUGGAUCUGGCUAAUCAAGCUUUCGUGUCUCUGCAAGCUCAACCAAAGGCUCAGGUGGUCCGUGAGCUCUUUCAGACCUCCGCCGGACGACUGAAAAAGGUUAUAAGCAUUGAUUCCAGCACGACCGUGAUCUUCAGCCAGGACCCGAAGGAACCAGAGUGUGAAGUGUGCACCACCAAAGGCUCCAGUCUCACCUGCAGCACUGAAGGACAGAAGCUGACCAGCGCAGACAUACCGUCAGUGGAGUUUGGCUGCCCCAAACCUCACGAUGUGUUCAAUGUGAAGAUAAUAAAGACAAUAGAAUGCAGUGAGACAUCCUGUAAUCCUCCUGCAGCAGAAACUGAUCCCAACCUACUUAAUGACUUCAAAAGAUUCAUAAUGUGGUACAUCACUGUCCCAGAGAGGACUGUAGUAACUCUGGACUUUCCUGGUGAGGGACUGAAGGACAUUACUGCAGGGGGAGACUGCUCAGAUGGCUUGAAGUACUCAGUGAGUACAAUUAAAAGUGAUGGACUAACCCAAACUACGACCUACUGCAAAGGUGGGACAGUGUCUCAUCUGAAUGUGCUUGGAGCAACAACUGUGACUGUUGAAGUGCCCAAAGGAGAAAAACUGGAGUCGGCAGCAUUUAAUGUCAAAGCAACACAAAGAGCUAGCAGAAUGAUGUCUGUGACCUCUGGCAUCACCAAUACCAAGAUUGUCAUCACCAGGAUGACACAAGGGCCCGACUGCAGUGUGUGUAUGGACAAGGCGCCUAACCAGAAAUGCAACCCAGGAACCUUAAAACUGACUAAUCCUCUCAACAUCGCCGUGGAGUUUACCUGUCCUCAUCCUCAAGACAUCUUCCGUGUGGAGAUCACCAGAGAAAUUGCCUCCCCCUUCCCUGCUGACCCUGUUUCUGCUGAGUCCUCGCUGUUCCCGGGCUUCAACCGGACCUUCAACUGGGAUAUGAAAGUCAACUUCACUCAUACAUUCCAGCUGGACUUCCCAGAACAGGGAAUGAGACAGAUUCCCAAAGAGAAAACCUGUCCGGAUGGGCGCACGUACACGUUUUUUAACUAUUUACGUGGGACAUCAAGUAUUGGUACCUUCUGCAGAGGAGGACCUGUGACCUCAGUCCAGGUUCGCUUCAAGGGCCGCGUGUCCCUGCAGGCGCCUGUGGAUGCAAAGCUGGACCCUUUUGAGUUCAAACUCAGUAACGGGCCUGAGACAAGCAUGACCACCAUAGUGAAGGUCAACCUACCAAGAGGUGUAUCAGACUCAACACUCAUGACAGCCAACUACCCCAGUUACUUCCUUGACAACAUGCAGGUGCAGUGGAGCUUCACAGUGCCGGGCAUGCACAACUACACGGUACACUUUAAUGACUUCACAGCCCCCGACUGCCUCAACAAUCAAGAGGUGACGGUGGAGUAUCAGAAAGAGGACAAUACGGUGACCAAACUCCUGAUGGACCCUCAGCCGGAGCAUCAGCAGGGCAACUUCAACAUGGUGGUGAAGAACUGUGAAACCAACACAACGAUGCCGGGACUCGCCUUGAACUACGGAGUCUCCGUAAUGAGGAGCGGCCGUCCAGUUCUAUGUACGGUGGAUCUAACCAAAUACCCAGGAGUGUCCCUGCAGAUUGAGAAGCUGCUUUCUGAUUCCUACUGUGAGAUGAGUAUUAACUCUGAGGUUAAAGAAAAGAUAAAUGUGGCUGCAGGCACCACAGCCCAACUCUCCUUCCUUGACUGCCCAAAUGAAGAUGUUCGCAUGACUGCCAGCAAGACUAUUGCGUGCAACAAUAUGGCGUCAUGCCCCGUGACUACGCUUACUGUGCCCACAAUGGAGUCUUGUCUGCCGAUGCCUCUCGACAGCUUCACCUGGCACCUCAGCAUUCCUGAUAGCCAAACAUGGGACCUAGUGUCACCAACAGGGAGUCUCCGGCAGUCCCUGCAGGGCCAGGAGUGUAGUGAGACUUUUUCGUUGUACUUGGCAGAAGAGGUUGACCAUUUUGUUGGAAAUUUCUGCUUUGAUGGCGUAAUCCAAAAAGUUCAAGUGCACGCCAACAUGUCCAUCACAGCUCCAGGUCAGCUGGUAAGCAGGACCGUGGGGCCUAUCCUCAAUGUCAGCGUCAGCGACGAGAUCGUAGAGACCAUUAUUUACACGGUCAGCCCUAACACGAUGUCCCCAACCCUGCUGGCAACCCCAAAUUGGCCUCAGGGUAUGAUGCCUUACCACACCAUAAGCUGGAUCACCACUUUGCCUCAGCACUACAAAGCAUACAUCUAUUUUAAUGUCAGCCAGCCCAAAUGUGAUGAGGGACACACUAGAAUUGAUGUGAUGACGCUGGAGAACAAGAAGCUGCACCUAAGCAUCACAGAAAACGAUAAGCUGGAGGGCACGUUGGUGGGACAGAGCUUCUAUCUCAACAUGUCCAACUGUGAACCAGAGGCGGGUCACUUUGGUGGACUGACCACAAUUGUUCUGCAGAAGAGGACUUAUCUCUUGCCCAUCCUCCUCGGGAUAUCAGGAGUUCUUUUGCUUUUCCUCGUAGUGCUGGCUGUUGUAUGUAUCGUCACAAAGAAAAAGAAAAAACAGAGGAUGAACAGGGGGUCGUCCAUUUACAUGCCCAAAGGAAAUAUCUUCCGGCCAUCUGACAUGCACUUCACCAAAACCCGAUCUGACAACGAAUCCCACGUCUAUGAAUCCAUAGAUGACGCAAUGGUCUACGGUCACCUGAUGAGUAACUCCAGCCAAGAUGGAAACUUCCCGGCCCGCUAUAAUGGCGUUCAGGUGGACUCCUAUCACACUUUUGUAGGCCCCACUGAUGGAGUGCUGCCUGUCAUUAAAGAACCAGAUCCGCAGCCUGAGGACCAGAACAAGAUCUUCAUGGAUCCCUCUGAGACUUUCAUACCGUCCCGUCCGCGCACUCCCAUCGACCGGCAGGACAGCCUCUGCUUCCAGGACCGCAGGAUGAUUGACAAUGAGCUGUACACAUUCAAAAAUGUAGGGGAGAUAAACACGAUCCAACUCUCUUUUGCUGAUCUGGAAUCAGACCCUCCAAUAUCAGAUGAGCCCUUGUAGUGUUUCAGGACCACGUCCAUACAAUGAACUAGCCGACUUGUCCUCCUUACAGCACCAAGUAUCUGCCAGGGAUACUCAUGUAUAUGUCUGUGCCAGGACCACACUCAGGAAAUCUGAGCUUAGGCACUUUCUUUUUUUUUUUUUUAAAUGUGACAUGUAUGUGGUAUUUGACAGAGUUCAGUCUUUUGUUUUUAGAGAUUCAAGACUGGAAGCAGCGAGCCUUGUUUUUAAAAAGUCUGGAAAAAUAAUGGUCCCUGGGAUAGAAUCACCAGUCAGUUUAAAUACAGUUUCAAAAGCUUUUCCUUUAAGCGUGUGCAGUGUUUCAUAACAUUAAGGUUUCAAUCAGUCAACAUGAGGAACAUCUCUGGCUCGAGCCCAUCUCAGCAGUAAGUCAACAGUAAUAAGUACUUACUUCCAUCUUUACUGCAGUAACGAGGCUGUGUGAAAACACACGAUUGGCUCGUGUAUUUCCCACUUCGGCUGUUGAUUGGCUCUUUGGUUUUGGGGGGCUUUAUGCAAUUUUCCCAUAGGUUUCUGUUUGGGAUCUUUGUGAGCCGUGUCUCUGGGAUCAAUCUUUUAAUCUUACUCCCAGCCAUAAAAAGCUACAAAAACACUGAACUAUUUCUUGAAUGUUUUUUUGGCUGGAAUUUUUUUUAUAACUCAUAUGGACUGUGGAAAAUGGGAAAUACCCACAGUCAUUGUUUAGUAGUCUUUUUUUUUUUUUUAAGAU